AUGUCUCACGAGGAAGAUCUCAUCGACUACUCCGAUGAGGAGAUCGGCGGCAACGAGACCGCCGCCACCACCUCGAACGGCAAGAAGGGCGAGCUCGCCGCCGGCAACAAUGUCGACAAGAAGGGCAGCUACGUCGGUAUUCACUCGACCGGUUUCCGCGACUUCCUGCUCAAGGCCGAGCUCCUCCGCGCCAUUGCCGACUGCGGUUUCGAACAUCCAUCGGAGGUCCAACAAACUUGUAUCCCUCAGGCUCUUCUCGGCGGUGACAUCAUCUGCCAAGCCAAGUCCGGUCUGGGAAAGACGGCCGUCUUUGUCCUCGCGACCCUUCAGCAGGUCGAGCCUGUGAACGGAGAGGUCUCGGUCGUUGUCAUGUGCCACACCCGUGAGCUGGCCUACCAGAUUCGGGACGAGUACAACCGCUUCAGCAAGUACAUGCCUGACAUCAAGACUGGUGUGUUCUAUGGCGGUAUCCCCAUCAAGACGGAUGUCGAGACCUUGAAGAACAAGGAGACUUGCCCUCACAUUAUUGUCGGCACUCCUGGUCGUCUUAAGGCCCUUGUCCGUGACAAGGCUCUGCGCCUUGGCAGCGUCCGCAUUUUCGUUCUCGAUGAGUGCGACAAGAUGCUUGACCAGCCUGACAUGCGUACCGAUGUUCAGGAUGUGUUCCGCGCCACUCCUCAGCAGAAGCAGGUCAUGAUGUUCUCCGCUACUCUGUCCGAGGAGGUCAAGCCCAUCUGCCGAAAGUUCAUGCAGAACCCUACCGAGCACUACGUCGACGAGGACACCAAGCUCACCCUCCACGGUCUCCAGCAGUACUACAUCAAGCUGGAGGAGAAGGAGAAGAACCGCAAGCUCAACGAGCUCCUGGAUGAUCUGCAGUUCAACCAGGUCAUCAUUUUCGUCCGCAGCACCGUCCGUGCUACCGAGCUUGACAAGCUACUCCGGGAAUGCAACUUCCCUUCGAUCGCUGUUCACUCGGGUGUCAGCCAGGAGGAACGUAUCCGUCGCUACAAGGAAUUCAAGGAGUUCAAGAAGAGAAUCUGCGUUGCUACUGACGUCUUCGGCCGAGGUAUUGAUAUUGAGCGUAUCAACCUCGCCAUCAACUACGAUCUUUCAAACGACGCCAGCUCGUACCUUCACCGAGUCGGUCGUGCCGGCCGUUUCGGUACCAAGGGUCUGGCCAUCUCUUUCGUCAGCACCGAUCAGGACCAGGAGGUGCUGAAGGAGAUUGAGAAGCGAUUCGAGGUCGCCCUUCCUGAAUUCCCCAAGGAGGGUGUUGAUGCCAGCACUUACAUGGCUUCCUAG